AUGGUGCUCCCCACGGUUUCCUUCGUCAAUCUUCUGGCGAUCAGCUUAGCUGGCUUCGUCGCAUCCCAGAGUGACGAUUUUGACUGCUGCUUUACCCUCGAAGUCUCUGGCGACUUGGGCGGCAAGGUCAAGCAUGGCACUACUGGUGACCUCCGCGUCCAUAGCAACUUCCAAGAAGCUUUCAUGUGCGCUUACGAGAGCGCCGACCGACUUCAGGACAGCAUCGGCAACAGCUGCCGGUUCAGUUCCCCUUCGAUGAAAUUUGAGUGCGUGAGCGGCGUCCCCGGCGACGGUGACUUCUUCUUCGACUUUGGCGAGGCCACCGACGGCGGAGAGAAGCCCAUACUGCUCACGUACGACGGCCACGACAAGUUUCUUGCCUGCCCCUCGGAAGGGCCAAGCUCCGACGCCGGGAGCUUCGUCUUGUACUCCCGGGCCAAGGAGGACCAGGAAGGGUGUGUCGACGUGUCGCUUCAGCAAGUCGGACCGAGCAGCGCCUGCUACGACCGCGGCCACCUCGAGAAGUUCAGGUCGCCUACAAAGUCCACGCGCGCUCCCGUGACGGGCACCAUCGAGGAAGUGUCUCCGGCGCGCAAGAGCUGCACGCUGAGCGACACCUCCACAAGGCUGCCUGCCAAGCGGGUCGGGUCGGGGCCUCUGGACGGCCUCGUUGUCAACCCGGACGGCUGGGCCAGCAUCAACGACGAGAACAGCACCGUUUUCGAGUUCGAGAUGGCGCCGCUGUGGGUGAACCACCCCCCGCGACGCGACCACCCGCCGCUGCGCCGUCGAGUUUCGCUUUCCCGCCUGCGCGAACCUGCCCGAGGGUUACCCGUGUGCUUCCUGGAGCGGGUCGGAGCAGCAGGACUCGGCUGGCGCGGGCAUGGAGUGGCAUCAUGUCUACACGCGCGACGAUCCUGCGGCUUCGAGCCGCGAGACUUCUGCGGGGCCUGUCGACUGGGCGCCAUGGGAUGA